AUGUCGGAAAGAUUAAGCUACAUGAGGAAAUCGAAUUUCUUGGUCAUCUCCAUCCAUGACCCAGCUCACUUGAACUCGUUGAUGAUGGAGGAUUUCUUGCAGAUUGCCAUGUGGUUGAACGAGACGAACGAUGAUCCGGGACUCGCUUUAACCGUAAUUCAAAGCACUGGUGAUUUCUUCAGCGCUGGUGGGAAAUUUGAGUCCGUGUUGGAUAACGAGGCAAGGAUCGCUAGUGAGGGGGGGAGUGCACCGUUAGCCAAACUGUACCAGUACAUCAGUGCCAUUGCCCCACCAAAUCUGUACUUCACACAAGCGUUCCAAGCGCACAAACGACCCAUUGUGUGCUGUUUGAACGGACCCGCAUUCGGGUUUGCCGCAAGCGUGGUGAUGCUUUGCGAUGUGCUGUUCACGAGGGAUAACUCCCAUGGGUACAUCAUGUUCCCCUUCACGCGGCUCGGGUUUGUCGCGGAGGGCGGCACCUCGGUGACCCUUUACGAGAAGUUGGGGGUCAACGCUACGAACGAGGCUCUCUUUUUCAGCGAGCGAGUGUCCUUCCAGCAGUUACAAGACAGUGGGUGCAUCGCUAGGGAGUAUCGGGACUGCAGCACCACGGAGGAGUUCAACCGCAGAGUGCUAGGCGACCUGUCCACGAUCAUAGAACCGCUGAGCCACAGAUCGAUGAAACUGUCCAAACAACUCAUUGCCUCGGAUAUCCGGCAGAAAAUGGCCGCUGCGCAGAGCCACGAGACACUGUCCACACUCCCCUUCUGGGUUGACGGUGAACCUGGGAGACGGUUCGCCACACUGGCCAAACAGCGAUCAAGAAAGGACGCCCGUUUGUAA